AUGCUGUAUACGCACGCCACCAUUAUCACCGUGGAUGGCUCCCGCCGUAUCAUUGAUGACGGGGCCAUUCGCGUCGAUGGCGAUACCAUCGCUGAUAUUGGCAAAACUACGGUGCUUCAGGAGAGAUACGCGGAGGAUGAGGAGCACGACCUCUCCGGUCGCAUCAUCAUCCCCGGGUUGAUCUCCACCCAUAUGCAUACCGCGCAGACCCUGCUGCGAGGGACCGCUGAUGACCUCGAGCUGGUGUCGUGGCUGUGCGAGCGUAUCUGGGUGCUGCAGGGCAACCUCACCGAGGCAGAUGGGUAUGCGGCGGCGCGUCUGAGCAUCGGGGAGAUGUUGAAGUCGGGCACGACCUGUUUCCUGGAGAGCAUGUUUGCCGACCGUUAUGGCUUCGAUGGGCUGGCUCGUGCUGUCGCAGAAUCCGGUAUUCGUGGCUGUCUGGGCAAGAUUGUCAUGGACAUUGCCAAGUAUGCCAAAGAUGAUGCCUGGGCCAUGCAUCCCGGCUUGGUUGAGAACCGCGAAACCUCUCUCUUGGGUACUGUGAGGAUGUGGGAGAAGUGGAAUGGCGCCGCCAAUGAUCGUAUCCGCGUGUGGUUCGGCGCCAGAACCCCUGGCGGUGUCUCCGAUGCCCUGUAUAAAGAAAUGACGGCUGUCUCCCGCCAUAAGCGAAUCCCAAUCACCAUGCACUGUGCCGAAGUCAAAGCUGACCGCGAUUUCUUCGCCUCGGUCUCGCACACACCCAUGUCGUAUUGCGACUCGGUCGGCCUGUUGGGUCCCUCCACGGUUCUCGUGCACAUGGUCCACCUUGACGAUUCGGACAUCAAGACUCUUGCUGCGUCAGGAACUCAUGUCGCACACUGUCCGACUUCCAACGCCAAGCUUGCCUCGGGUAUUUGCCGAGUGCCCGAUCUCCAGCAGGCGGGCGUUAACAUCGGGCUGGGCACCGACGGUGCUCCAUGCAACAACACCUGCGAUCUCUUGCAGGAGAUGAAGCUGGCAGCGAUUAUUCACAAAAGUAUUUCGUACGAUCCUACCGCUGUGCCUGCCGAGUCCGUUCUUGAAAUGGCCACUAUCAAUGGAGCUAAGGCCCUUGGGCUGGAUGAUCGCAUUGGUAGUCUGGAAGUUGGAAAGAAGGCGGAUUUUGUUGCCAUCGAUGUUCGUGGGCUCCACAACCAACCGUGGCACAACCCAGUUAGCGCAGUGGUGUAUACUGCCACCGGUCGCGACGUCGACGUGGUUGUUGUCGAUGGCGAAGUACUCGUCCAGAAUGGUGAGCUUAUGACGAUGGAUGAGAAAGAGAUCGUCGAAGAGGCGAAGAACCGCAGCCGCGAGGUGGUUGAGCGUGCUGGUCUGUCCAGCAAGGUGAAAGGCCGCUGGCCCAUCGAAUAG